AUGUACGACAGUAAGGCCCAGCGUCCGUUCGUGGGGCACCACAUGGCGGCAGCGACGUACGGCAACAAGCUCUACCUCAUUGGCGGAUUUUGGGGUGGAACUACGGAGAACAUGCAGAUCUAUGACCCCAUCACCGACAACUGGACCGUGGGCCCCACGCCGCCCUUCAAGGCGGCGGCGGCUGCCGCCACUGCUGUGGGAAGCACCAUCUACUACUGCGGCGGUGUCGACAACGGCAAUGACAAGGAUGGCCCACCCAUUGCCGCAUGCGGUAAGUUCCAGGUACCGCUUAACAAAUGGUCUUCCGUGGCCCCCAUGCAACAUGCCGUACACCACGCCUCCAUGGCCACAGACGGCAAGCGCGUGUACUCCUUUGCUGGUCGCAACAGUACGGCGGGUAACGGUCGCAACCCACUUAACGUCACGCAGAUCUACACUCCAAAAACUGAUACCUGGACAUCCAGCACACAACUUGGCGGUCCUGCUGCCACACCAGUCGGCCGGGGGGGAGCGGGUACCGCUGUCUACCUGAACAAAUGCUUCUACAUUGUCGGCGGAGAGGUCAAGUGCGGCCAGACCUGGAUGGGAAACUGCCCCAAUCCAUUGGUUGCUCUCACGCCCCUAGGAGUGCUAGACCGAAUCGACAGGUACAAUCCGACCAAGAACAGCUGGGACAAGGGGCUGCCGGGUAUGUCGGUACCCCGCCAAGGGGCCUUUCCUGUGGUUGGUCCUGCACCCAACAAUAGCCUGCCAAUGGCCAACGCGGAUGAAGUGAUUUACGUUUGUGGCGGAGGAAAUAAGCAGGGCUUCACCGUGGGCACAGACUGCGCCUACAUGAAAGGUUGGAUUACCUUGAACCCGCCUGCAUGGAUCCGCUUCUGGAAGGCCAGCACUAAGGGUGGUUGCCCUCGCUUAGCGAAUACCCAGGUUGGGUUGCCUGAGGCCGUUAGCCUUGACCCAGAGAAUGCCUUCACGACGCAAUGGAACCGCGUACAGGAAAGGGACAAAGAAGGCUCAGAGGAGGGACAGGAAGAGUCGUCAGACAGCGACGACGCCCGCAAAGCGGCUUCAUCGGCGAAGGCGAAUAGGCGAAGCAAGGGUAAGCGGCUCCGUACGCGAGGACUUGGAGUCGUGGCCCCAUCCCCAAAGCGCGUGGCGGUGACGCGGCUACCGUUGCACGGACCGGUACGAGUGAGGCCGCCGUCGGAGGCGCGGACUGAAUUUGCCGGGGAAGAAGUACCACGGGACUCAAGACAGGGCCAGGGAGACCCGGAGCGUGAAGAGAGGCGGAUCGCGGCGCGGUAUAUCAGGCGGUACGGCAUGGAAGGCUGGAAGCAACUGCUGCGCGAAGAACUCCAGGAAGAGGGAGAGGGGGAGCAGCAGCAGUUGGACGAGGGGCCGAACGUGGGGCCUCGAGGAAAGCAGCCCAGCAACGCGGGGGCAGGAACAAUGCCCCAGGUGGCCGCUGCUGGUCCGGAGGGGCAGCUCGCAGUUUACAGCGUCGUCACAGAAAAGGACGUCCAGGAGGCUCACCGCCGCCGUAAGGAGGCACUUAGGGCCGCUCGGAAGGCGCUGAAUCUCGGGGAGUCUGACCGCGUCCCCAACACCCAGCUGUGGGCGACCGUCAUGACCCAGGCUGGGGCAAUGACGGAAGGCCCAUGCGGGCUGCGGGUGGUGAAAUCCNGCGGUAUCGGCGAUGCUGGAGCAGGCGAAGAGGCGCCAAAUGGCUGAUCGGAGUUGUCUUUGAAGGGUUUGGGUACCGCGGGAGUGUGGUCGCAGACGCAAUGGCCUUCCCCACAAUAAGUUAGUAGUGAGUACGGAUCACGCGAUGACGUUUAAGCAAUGG